UCCCCCGUACCGCUAUAUCCUUUCCGCGCCGGCCUCAAGAUGGCCGCCUUCUGGCGUCUUUGGCGCUGUUGAAUGGAGAAAUCUUUAUUGUUCCCUUCGGGCAGGAGUGUUCGUGUCCUCUAUGGCGCUGUCAAUAAAGAACGGCAGUUUGAAUCGGUGCUGAACAGGAUCUGGUGCUGAUCCUCAUAAAGUGGGUCCUGGAAGAAGGGAGGAAGAGAACUCCUCGGUGGAGAGCUGACGUGAUGGAGCUCCCCAACUAUAGCCGGCAGCUGCUGCAGCAGCUCUACAUGCUGUGCAAGGAGCAGCAGUUCUGUGACUGCACCAUUUCCAUUGGUACCAUUUAUUUCAGGGCCCACAAACUUGUCCUGGCUGCUGCCAGCCUCCUGUUCAAAACCCUGCUGGACAACACAGACACCAUCUCCAUCGAUGCAUCUGUAGUGAGCCCUGAGGAGUUUGCUCUCUUGUUAGAAAUGAUGUACACUGGCAAACUACCUGUGGGCAAGCACAACUUCUCCAAAAUCAUCUCUUUAGCUGACAGCCUACAGAUGUUCGAUGUGGCUGUUAGCUGUAAAAAUCUUCUAACCAGCCUUGUCAACUGCUCUGUUCAGGGUCAAGUGGUGAGGGAUGUCUCCAUGCUAUCAUCAGAUUCAUUCAGAAAGGACUCAGAGAAGCCUGAAGCAGAAAUCCUCUCUUCAGAGGGUUCUGGAGAGCAUCCUUCCCCGGAGGGUUCUACCCCUGGAGGGGGCCCUGUGAAGGCUGAGACCCAGGAAGCAGUCCACACAGUUGCACAAGAGAUAAGUGUGGAUCCUUCCACUGCCCAGGAGAUUCGGGAAGAUGCGGAUGUCCCAUUGGAGGCUCCUCAUACCUCUCAAGUUUGUUCUCCUUCCCCUGUUGUACAAGCCUUUAGUAAAGCAAAGGAGGCGAGCACAGAACCAGAGUACGAGAGGAAACACUACCAGUUGAAUUUUCUUCUAGAUAAUGCAGAUAUCUUCUCAGAUGCACUCUCUGUUACCCAGGAUGUUUUAAAUAAACUAGAAGAAUGUUCAGAAAUUAAAGAUGCACAGAAGAAGACCAUAAUGGGAUGUCUUGAGGGUAAGGAAGGACAUUCAGCAUUCCAGAGAAUCCUGGAUAAAGUAAGAGAAGAGAGCCUGGAUGUUCAGGCUGUUGUGUCCCUGUUGAGGCUGUACCAAGAUUCUAAUUCUGCAGUAAAGACAGCACUGUUAGGCAGAAAGCCAGAAGAUAUGGAAGCAGUGCAGCCAAAAGGGAGCACAGAGGAGGGAAAGACCUUGUCUGUUCUGUUACUAGAACACAAAGAGGACCUGAUCCAAUGUGUAACACAGCUGAGACCUAUUACGGAGUUCCUGGAAACAGCCAAGGAGGAAUCCCUGACUGCCACUGAGAAAAGGGUGAUUCUGAAUUGCUGUGAGGGAGGAACACCCAAGGAGACAAUAGAAAAUUUGUUGCACAGAAUGUCUGAAGAGAAGACCCUGACUGCUGAGAGUUUGGUAAAACUCCUCCAGGCUGUGAAGAAGACAUUCCCGAACUUGGGCCUUCUGCUGGAGAAUUUGCAGAAACUAGCCACUUUGCCUGGCACCACAGUCCAAGCAAGCCCUGAGAAUUAUGGGACUGAGCUAUUGAGACGGUAUCACGAAAACCUCUCUGAGAUUUUCACAGACAACCAGAUGUUACUGAAAAUGAUCCCAAAUAUGAAGAGGUUAGCCCCUGGAGAAAGAGAGGUCAUGGAGAAGCUUGUGAAACGUGACUCUGGUUCGGGUGGUUUCAGUUCUUUGCUGUCAGCAGUUUUAGAAAAGCAGACUCUCUCUGCAACCGCCAUUUGGCAACUGCUGCUGGUGGCUCAGGAGACAAAGAACUGCCCGUUGAACCUGCUCUUGGAGGAAAUACGAAGGGAGCCUGGUGCCGACGCUUUCUUCCAGGCAGUGACUGCCCCAGAAAGUGCUGCCUUAGAAACCAUGCUGAGGCAUCACAAAUUGAUCCUAGAGGCCAUCCAACACAGGCUUGAAGUCAAGGGCUUUGCCUCAGAGGAAGAGCACCUAACAGAGACUGUGAAAGAGAUUUUGAGCAUUUCCUGUGAAACAGCCAGCCCUCAAGUACUCCUGAGAGCAAUGCUGAGCAGAGCCAAGGAAAAAGCCAUCUCAGCUGUGGAGAUAUGUCACCUCCUGUGCGGCAUCCACAGAUCUUUCCCAGGCCUGCAGCCUGUCAUGCAAGAGCUAGCAUUCGCUGGUUUUCUUACUCAGGAAAAUGGAGAGAAGGAAAGAUGGAAGGUAAGUAAUAAAUUUCACCUUGAAGCCAACAACAAAGCAGAUGAAAAGGCAGCUGAGCCCGCUGAGGAAGACUGCCAGUCUGGAAAACAGAAAGAUCAAGGAGAGACCAGUUCCUUGCCAGAACAACAAGAGAAGGAUGCUUCUGCCUCCCCAGACUCUGCCAAGAAGAGCUUCAUCUGUAAGGCCUGUGACAAAAGCUUCCAUUUCUACUGCCGCCUAAAGGUGCACAUGAAGCGCUGCCGGGUGGCCAGGAGCAAACAGGUGCAGUGUAAGGAGUGUAACGAGACCAAGGAUUCUAAGAAAGAGCUGGAGAAACAUCAGCUGGAGGCCCAUGGUGCAGGUGGAGAGCCUGAGGUCCCCAAGAAGAAGAAAAAGAGGCUUCCAGUGACAUGUGAUCUCUGUGGAAGAGAAUUUGCUCAUGCCUCAGGCAUGCAGUACCACAAACUGACUGAGCACUUUGACGAGAAGCCUUUCUCCUGUGAAGAGUGUGGGGCAAAGUUUGCAGCCAAUUCUACCCUGAAGAACCACCUUCGCCUUCACACUGGGGACCGCCCGUUCAUGUGCAAGCACUGCCUCAUGACCUUCACCCAGGCCUCCGCCCUGGCUUACCACACCAAGAAGAAGCACUCAGAAGGAAAAAUGUAUGCAUGCCAGUACUGUGAUGCUGUGUUUGCCCAGUCCAUCGAGCUGUCCCGCCAUGUGAGGACCCAUACCGGGGACAAGCCAUAUGUCUGCAGGGACUGUGGCAAGGGCUUCCGACAAGCCAAUGGCCUCUCCAUCCACCUGCACACCUUUCACAACAUAGAAGAUCCCUAUGACUGCAAGAAAUGCCGGAUGAGCUUCCCCACACUGCAGGAUCACCGCAAGCACAUCCACGAGGUGCACUCCAAGGAGUACCACCCCUGCCCCACGUGCGGGAAGAUCUUCAGCGCCCCUUCCAUGCUGGAGCGGCACAUGGUGACCCACGUUGGAGGCAAGCCCUUCAGCUGCGGGAUCUGCAACAAGGCCUACCAGCAAUUGUCUGGUUUGUGGUACCACAAUCGAACCCACCAUCCUGAUGUGUUUGCUGCUCAGAACCAUCGAUCUUCAAAGUUCUCGUCACUCCAGUGCAACUCCUGUGACAAAACCUUUUCCAAUACCAUUGAACAUAAGAAGCACAUCAAAGCGGAGCAUGCAGAUAUGAAGUUCCAUGAAUGUGACCAGUGUAAGGAGCUCUUCCCCACGCCAGCUUUGCUGCAGGUUCACAUCAAGUGCCAGCAUUCAGGGUCACAGCCAUUCAGGUGCCUGUACUGCGCGGCCACUUUCCGCUUCCCUGGAGCACUGCAGCACCACGUCACCACGGAGCACUUCAAGCAGUCGGAGAGCACCUUCCCCUGUGAGCUCUGCGGGGAGCUCUUCACCUCCCAGGCCCAGCUGGAGGGCCACUUGGAAGCCGAACACCCAAAGGUGACAGGCAGUGAAACCCAAGCAGCAUCUUCGCAGAUGGUGCAGGUGAUCCAAACCCCAGAGCCGGCAGCCUCAACGGAGCAGGUGAUCACUUUGGAGGAGACACAGCUCGCUGGUUCACAGGUGUUCGUGACCUUGCCAGAUUCACAGACAUCUCAGACCAGCUCUGAGCUCGUGGCGGUGACCGUGGAGGAUCUGCUGGAUGGCACCGUGACCCUGAUCUGUGGUGAGGCCAAGUGAGUGGCUGCCCAUCCAGUGGAGGGGUCCUGCGUUUGCAGCAGAGAGAACGCUCCACAGCUCACCCUUUGCCAUCCACCCCAGACUACCCUGAGUGGUGAGCAUCUUAGUCUUGCACCAACCAAAAUGGUCUCACUUGGAAAACAGAUGGAAGAAGCGACAUUGUUCUCACAGAACCAGCAAUGUCCGAGUCGUUAACGCUGACACCACCGCCCUCCAUAGCAGGCAGGCCUACUUCCCCAGAGGCCUGCUGCUGUGGCCUCUGUGACACUGGCCAUCUCCAAGUAGAGAGAGCUUCAGAAAGUCUGAAAGAGCAGCGAGAUGGGAGCUGGGGACCAGGGUAACUGUGUGCUGUGCCGGCAGUUCUCAGUGUGCCGAGUGGCAGAAGUGGGACCGUGACCCACAGACUGGGCCUGCAACACUGCCAUUGCCUUCUGGCCAUUUAAAAAUGAGAGAAAAGCACCAACGGACCAUCCAGGGACCUCCAGCCUGAGCACACUUGGCCCUCCCCUCACUUCUGUCAUCCUCCCAGCAGCUUUGAUCAUCCAACCCCCCCACCCCCCAUGGUGGCAGUAGGACAGGUAGCAGCGCAUUAAUGCCCGAAGGCCUCAUUUCCGUGCCGAGUCCCACCUCGUCAGUACAGUCAGCCCUUCUGAAAACGAAGCCUUUGGAACGUUUCUGCUGGGAGUGUUCAGUGUGGCCAUCCCGCUAAAAAGACACUCCCUGCCUUUCCAUGAUACUCAACGGUGUUCCGUACCUGAGGCCAGUUCCUGCAGCCUUCCCACAUUAUCCUCAUCCUCUUCCCCUCAUCAAAGCCCACAACUUCUACCUGACCAGGAGGCCUUGCCCCCUCCCUCGGAGCAUAUAAUAAAGCUGAAGAACCCGCGCCAGAUGGAGUAGUGCUCUGACUGCCCCUGGCUCUGUCUCCUGCCACCGUCGUCCAGGCCAGUGCGUGGCCUGCUGUCUGAGCUCUUGCAGACUGCCACCGCUACUGCAGGUCAGUGAUCCUUUGGAGUCUGAAUUUCACAAAGCUUUUUUAUCUUCAAUUCCUAACAUAUAAUCUGAUAAUUAAUGGUUUGUGGAAUCCAUUAUGAAGUGCAAUUAGAUGGACGUAGGUUCCUGCCGUUUGAAGGGAAUGACUAGCAUUUAUCUUCCUUUCCUUGAAGCCUGGUAAGUGCAGCGUUUACAUGCUGGCAGGGCUUCCUGCCACAUUGCGUGGCUUCACCCCCUGCGGAAGGUAGUGUCCAGUGUGAUCACUGGUUCUCACGCUGUAUAGGCAGGCAGAAGACUAGCUCACCCCUUUUCUCCAAGUACGUCCCCAGGUACAGGCAGGAUUGGGGGGUCGAUUUUGGUCAUGGUCUGGACUUUUAUUGCCACACACUGCUACAAGGGCAGAAGGUGGGUCCUUAGUACUGGCUGGUAUGCUUGCUGGCCGGCCCUCCAGCUCUGUGUAAUCAGCGAGUUCCAGCUUGAGCCAGCUUACCCAGGUGGCCACUCCUUCUUCCAGUGUGUCCUCAUUUUGAUAUGCAAAUCACUUGAGCUUGUCAGCUCAGGGAUCUUUGUUCUGAAGUAAAUGAAGUUUUCAAAGGCAUGUCAGCCUCAGAAGCCAAAAACUGACCAGAAGAUGGUGCUCAAACCUUUAAGACUUCGCCUCCACACGAAGCCCUCACUUCUUGUGCCAAGGCUGCCUCUCUGUCUUAAGGCUUUUCAGUCCUGGGAGCUGUCAGACCAGGAGAGCUCUUGAUCUGCACGUGGUGAACUGGAGCUGGAUCUCCCCCGACAGUAGAUGAAACCUGCCGAAAGAGAGUGGAGUGGCCUGUGCUCACAGGGCCUUGAGGCCAAGCCCAGCAGAUGAGAAUGUAGCUCCUCAAGAGCCAUGGCUGUGGCUGGAAACUGCAGUGUCAUCAAAACUUCUAACAGCCAAAACACAAAAUAAAUAAAAAAUUAACUGUCGAGGGCCCAUAGGGGAAAGUGAUUUUUCUUUUUAAAGUCUUCUGAAUAAAGAAAGCUCUAAGUUUUAAAUCCAAGUUUCAGAUCCUUUCAAGUACUAAGAAACCCUCUCUCAGGUUUCUGACGGACCCAGAUUGUGACAUGACACGCGUUUUCUUCAGACUCACCAGUCUAGCAGCUCUGCUGUGCUCAGAGCAAACGGAAGUCGAACUUGCUGCUGGGUAGACUCUUGCCCAUGGCCCACUCGUCAUAGGGCGUGAACCCUGUGCUCAUUCCAGUCAGGAAUGAGGGAAGGUCCAUCUUGAAUUUAGUCUUUCCUCUGAGUGGACCUUUGAAAUUUGCUACAUUGGCGAUGAUCUUACAGUGUUACUCUCUAGAGACUCCCAAGUGUGGAUUUUAUUGUAGGAAGACUUUUUCUAGCUCUACUUGGCCAUUUUUUUCUUUUCUCCCACUUCUGCCCAAGAGACCUUCUGAACUGCUGCCACAGAAGACAUUGUCAUCAUGGCCUCCUGAGUCCGCAUCACUUGCUUCAGUAUGGCAGUGGUGUUCUCUUAGCUUCGUUGCCAUGGCGGCUGUCCUGUAGCCUCUAGGCUGAACCCUAGGGCACUACGGUGAUAUGGAGGAGUCUCUGGGCUUCUCAGAAUACUUAACUCUGUUCAGUGAGACCCCAAACCUCAGCUCCCAGAGCUCAUGAAACAGCUGGUGAGGUGGGAAUGGCAGGCAGAUUCCACGCUGGAGUCUAGUUCUUUGUGAGUGAUGGCAGUCACGUAUGGAACAGGACUCGCCCUUCCCAGGUAAGUAAGAGAGCAAAUAGAUGAUUGACGAGCAAGCAUUGCCAUAGGAGGAUGGGACUGUCCGAGUACAUGAGCAGAAUCUGGGACCAGCAGGGCAGCACAGGGCCAGAGACGAAGGUCUCGUUUGUUUUAUAAAGCCCAUCUCUUCUCUCUCAGAAGCUUUAUGUUUGGAAAACUUCUAGCCCAGCGCAUACUGCAGUCUGCAGUAUGGAUUCUGGGUUCCCCCGGCGAUUCCAGUCUCUGACUCGCCCCUCCCACUGACCACAGAACACAAAUCACCCUCAUCCCCCAGGGAAGAGCUCUGGUAGGCUGGAGGCUGAAAUGAGAUCGAGUCCAACUGGGAUGAAUGGGGCGAAUGUCACCUAAUGGUCCAAAUCAGGAGAUGAGGUGGGCCCUAAGACUUUCUCCUUCACCCCAGGUGAUGUUGCUGAUGACUUAUUAAUGAGGUAGGAGGGAUGUGCCUUUAAAUCUCACGUGCCUAAGGUCUAUGAAUUGACUAAGGGAUGGAAGAAGCUGCUCACCUUACGUCGAAUGGUUCUUACAAGCAAUAUUUCUUUUAAAUUGGGGCUAUAAAGUUGGGCAGUGAUAGGAAAAAUGCUGGCAUGUUUUAAUCAGUCCUCCCAAAGGAAGAAUUCAGCGGCCCAGCCCUACUCAGCUUCUCCCAGGUAUUCCAGGGACACUCAGGAGGGAGAGAGAAAAUGGGAGUAAGAGGAAGACUUGGGGUUGAAGGGAAUGUGAAGGCAAAUUGGUAAUUGUUGCCAUGGAAAACACUGGGGCUGGUAGGACUUGGGCCAGAAGCUCAGGAAACUCACCUAUGACUCGACUUGUAACUAAGAGAAGCUGUCUGUACUUUGGGGAUUAUGUUGCUGAGAAAAAAGUAUCCCCUGGGCUAACCGAAUUUAGAUCUCUUCCAAAUCACAGAAAUGGUUAUCGUUUCCCUUGCCUGGGCCAGCCUCUCCUGCUACCGCCCGUGGUCAGGACAACUAGCCAGCACACGAUGCUGUAUAAAUUGGAUUACAAAACAUUAUUUGUGUCCACCUUGCACUAUUCUAUAUAAAUAAAAUAUGUACUUUGAAAAAAAAUGA